AUGCUUAAGCUUCUGUCCUACAAGCUGCACUCCUCCAUCUUCUCCUGCGUCCAGCUCGCGUACCUCGAGCUUAAAGGUUGUCUGCUCCCAGACUCUACCCCAGGUUUCCCGGGGCUGUCUAACCUCAAGUACCUUUAUGUGCAUUACACUGUGGAGUUGGAGCCCCAUCUGAACUCGGCUCAGUUUGGCACGCUCGCGGCUCUGAUUUCUGGUUGCCCGGGGCUAGAGCAAUUGCCAGUAAAAGUUGCCCCAGAGGUGCCUGGUGUGACACUAAAGAUUGCUGCACCUCGCCUUCGCGAAUUUCAGAUUAGAGCAUGUUCCGCUGAUUGGAUGGUGGAGAUUCAGAAUCUGCUUCCCGAUCUUGCUUACGCCAAGCUCCAAUUGCCGUUUUUCCGCUAUGCUCAGGAAGGGGGGGUCGAAGCUUCUGCAUAUUUUACAGGGCAUUUCGCAGGUGGAGGAGCUGGAGUUGCUUGA